AUGGGACUGUACAGAUGCUCAUUUCCUUUGCUGUACAUACUGUCGACUUUGAUUUGCAAUACUGUUGCAUACACUGAGGAGCCUGCAGGCAGAACGCGGAGAUCCGAUGGAUAUUGCAGGAGCUUAUGGACACAGACCAGAGGCACAAGGAGAGAUGGGCAGAAUGAGUUUCGGCUCCGGGUAGAGGGAGAUCCAGAAACUUACCAGCCCGGGAGUACAUACAGAGUGAGUUUGUAUGCCACCAGCCCACCAUCUUAUUUCAGAGGCUUCACUCUCAUUGCGCUAAAGGAAGGAAGAGAGGGAUCCACUCCUGAUGAUUAUGCCGGCAAUUUCAAGAUCAUAGAUAAAGAUGACACCCAGUUUAUGACCAGCUGCCCCCCUGCUGUGACGGAGAGUGUCCCGAGGAGACGCACCAGGAUCCAAGUGUUCUGGACAGCGCCCCCCUCUGGCAGUGGUUGUGUAAUACUUAAGGCGAGGAUUGUUCAAAGGAGGAUUAUUUACUUUCAAGAUGAGGGCUCUCUCACCAAAAGGAUGUGUGAGAAAGAGUCCGUGGGUGAGGUGCUGGAGAAGCCCAUUCAAGACUGCUGUGCUUGUGGCACUGCCAAAUACAGACUCACCUUCUAUGGGAACUGGUCUGAGAAGAUGUUUCCCAAAGACUAUCCCAGACGUGCCAACCACUGGUCCGCUCUUAUUGGAGCAUCUCACUCAAAGAAGUACAUCCUCUGGGAGUAUGGGGGCUACGCCAGUGAGGGUGUGAAGCAGGUGGCUGAGUUGGGAUCUCCUGUAAAGAUGGAAGGAGAAAUCAGGCAGAAGGGAGAUGAUGUUCUUACAGUAAUCAAGACAAAAGCACAAUGGCCCGCCUGGCAGCCACUGAACGUGCGGGCGGCUCCUUCGGCUGAGUUCUCAGUGGACCGUACACGUCACUUAAUGUCCUUCCUGACUAUGCUGGGGCCUAGCCCUGACUGGAAUGUGGGAUUGUCAGCAGAGGACCUUUGCACCAAGGAGUGUGGCUGGGUCCAGAAGCUUAUCAAGGACCUGGUGCCUUGGGACGCUGGCACUGACAGUGGGGUCACCUACGAAUCUCCCAACAGACCCACCGUGCCUCAGGAACGUAUCCGACCCCUCACCAGUCUGGACCACCCCCAGAGUCCCUUUUAUGAUCCCUCUGGCGGGCCCAUGACCCCCCUGGCCAGGGUGGUGGUAGAGAGAAUUGCCAGAAAGGGAGAACAGUGUAAUACUGUCCCAGACACCGUGGAUGAUAUCGUAGCCGAUAUUGCGCAGGAAGAUAAGGAGGAAGAUAACACGCCGGAAACGUGCAUCUACUCCAACUGGUCUCCCUGGUCAGCUUGCAGCUCAUCAACGUGCGAUAAGGGCCGAAGGAUGAGGCAAAGGAUGCUGAAAGCCCAGCUGGAUCCCGGAGUUCCCUGCCCACACACCCAGGACUUUGAGCCUUGCAUGGGACCAGGCUGCAGCGAGGAAGAACCCUCGACGUGUAUGAUGUCAGAGUGGAUUAGCUGGUCUCCGUGCAGCGCGUCCUGUGGGAUGGGUAUGAGGUCCAGAGAGAGAUAUGUCAAACAGUUCCCAGAGGAUGGCUCCAUCUGCACACUGCCCACGGAGGAGAUAGAGAAAUGUGUGGUCAACGAGGAAUGCUCUCCUAACCACUGUGUGGUGACUGAAUGGGGGGAGUGGGAGUCCUGCAGCGCCACCUGUGGGAUGGGAAUGAGACAACGGCAGCGCAUGGUGAAGAUGCCGGCCUCCAGUGGUGUGCCUUGUGCUGUGAAUCUGGUAGAACUGGAUAAGUGUAUGAUGCCUGAUUGUGAUGUUCCGGCCUGCAUGUUUUCCCCUUGGUCAGAGUGGAGUGAGUGUAGCGUGUCGUGUGGCCUGGGCAUGCGAACACGCCAGCGCAUGCUGAAGACCCCUGCGCCACCAGGCCACUGCAAUGAGGAGCUGGAGGAGGUGGAGAAGUGCAUGUUUCCAGAAUGUUCUGUAGACUGCAUGCUGUCAGAGUGGUCCGAGUGGUCAGAAUGUAACAAGUCCUGUGGAAAAGGUCACAUGAUCCGCUCACGCAUGGUGAAGCUGGAGCCGCAGUUUGGCGGUGCUCCCUGCCCCGAGACGGUUCAGAGGAAGAAAUGCAGGAUCCGCAAGUGCAAGAGAGCCAGCGAAGGCAAGAGGAAACAGAAAAAAGAUGCCGCAGAGAAGAGAAGAGGCAAACAUAACCGUGACGCCGCUCCUGAGGAGGGCACAGUCUGUAGAAUGCGCUCAUGGUCCAACUGGUCGGUCUGUACCAAGCAGUGCGGCGGGGGGAUCCAGGAGCGAGUGAUGGCAGUGAAGAAGAGAGCCAAAGGCUGCAAGCAGAAGAAAGAGAUUCGAACCUGUAAUGUUCAGCCCUGCUAG